CAGGGUUUACUUUCACUGCUGAAAAAGCUGAAAUCAAGCAGUAGCAAAGAACUGAAGAUUCUCUUCCUCGGUUUGGACAAUGCCGGGAAGACAACGAUUUUGAAAUUCAUGGCUAACGAGGACAUUCAGCACAUCACGCCGACCCAGGUAUUCGACGGCAUUGCUGUUUUAGAGAACGGUCGAUACUAAUAUGCUAAAGCUGAACUUGUUCUCUUGCAGGGAUUUAAUAUUAAAUCCGUCCAAAAAGAUGGAUUUAAGAUGCAUGUCUGGGACAUAGGAGGUACUAAAAGAGAUUUCCUUUCGAAUAUUGUUGGGUUUUUCCUUGAACGAUCUGUUCUUAACUUCUUUAGCGCUACCUGUAUAAAAUAACACAAAAUUAAUGCUACUUUCUUAAGUUACUUGUCAGUUUUGAAGUUUAAGUGUUAACAGAUUGGGUGUUUUAUGUCAUUUAAGGACAAAGAACCAUUCGUCCAUACUGGAGAAACUAUUUUGAACAAGUUGAAUGUUUGGUAGGUGAUGUUGAAAGUUUAUGUAAUAUGCCGAUCAAUUCGAAUUCAGCAUCCUCCCUUCCCCCUCCCAGGCAAACCCUGGAUGUCUGUCCAUCACUUUGGCCCAGGGAGUGUGGAAUUUGACCACAAUUUGAAGCCUGGGAUGGGUCAAAAUUUUGUCCAUCUGACUGGAAUGAUUCACCUGUUAGCAGGGAAUUUAGUAGCAGAUUUUUUAUAAAAAUUCAAACCCCCACCCAUUCCCUUCAUCUCAACCCCCCCCUUGCCCCCCCCCCCCCCCCCCCCCCCCCCCCCCCCCCCCCCCCCCUCCUCUCCCCCUCUUCCCUUGAUUUUUUUUUUUUUUUCUUUUGUUUUUUUUUUUUUGGUUUGGUGUUCAAUCAGGGGGUGGGGAGAGAGGGGGGGGGGUGAGGGGAGGGUGGUUGUGUUAACAAAACAAAACACUAGAAUUAUUCUUUUUCAUAAAAAUUUUCAUUUCCUUUUUUGUUUAUUUUUUUUUUAUGUACCAAAUUUUAAGCCCGGGGUGGGGUAAAAAUUUUGCCCUUUUCCUGGAAUUUUUCCCCUUUUUGAAGGGAAUUUUGUUACAAAUUUUUUUUAAAAAAUCAAACCCCCCCCCCCUCCCUCUCCCCCCCCCCCCCCCUCCCCCCCCCCCCCCCCCACCCUGCUGCCCCUGCCUGCUUUACUUUGAUAGCUACAUCAUACGUGGAUUUUCGUUUGUCUUCUCAAGGUGUAUGUUGUAGACAGCUCGGAUCAAAAGCGGUUAGAGGAGACUGGCGUGGUAAGUAACUAAGGUUGAUUCUACUAAACACUACAACACCUGAUGAUUUUACUUUACAAGAGCUGAGUCCAAUGCUCUUUGAAGUAUGUUUUGAUAAUGAUAUCAUGGGAGGAACUAUGCGCACCAGUCCAAACUCAUAUUGUCUUUAGAAAAACAAGCUGGAGUUCAAAAAUAAUUGCUUAAAGAGCCAUCUUGACUAAGUCACAACAUAGUUCUCCAUAUUUAAAGUAGCUUCAGUUUAAGCUGCAAUCAUUCUUCGAAAUUUGGAUCUGUGAAUCACUAUCCGUGAGAAUUAAACAUCCUGCAAAAAACACUAAUCUGUGACAAAACAUUGUGGGAAACAAUCACAUUCAUGGACAAAAGAAAAUUUCUUUCAGUGAUUCAGAUCAAGGAGGGAUUUUGAAGAAAAUUCAACAACCUAAAACCCUUAUUUAGCCGCAAUGAAGAACUUAACGUUUCAAAAGAGGUCAACUUAAGAAAAUGCUCUUGCAUCAGCGGGCAAAUCAUACCCAUCAGAAACAAUAACCGCAGAAAAUUAAUAUACAUGUCAUGACCUCUCAGCUUGAAACAAGCGGCAAAAAUCACAUUUUCUCAAUCAAAACGUAGACCCCUCCAGAGCAUAAUCUAACCAUAAGAGAAAAAAUUCAUUGGAACAAGCAUUAUUUUUACAUAAGGUAAGUUGUGUGUGCCUACCAACCCCCUUUUUACACUCCAAACUGCUCACACUUGCAUAAGGGAUUAGGACCACUUGAAAUACUCUCGCAAGAAAUUUGAAAGAUUCCAACUCAUUGACAUUUCAACAGUUUGACAGCCAAAAUCUAAUUAUCUCAAACGUACCAAAAAUAGGUGGAAGAGGGUCGGAAAAUAAAUGAUCACAGGCUCUCUCUCCCUUCCUUUUUCCUUUUUCCCGCACUGCCAACUUUUACGCUCCAUGUACCUUUACUUUCACGUCUUCCCCCCCGGUGUCUGGGAGCCUGGAACAGGCUACUUCAAAUGGAGAGGUUGCUCCCAGGCCAUCACAUUUCUUAGUAUUCACCUGCAUUUCCUGUUGGACAGACCAGUUUAUGUUAGGAAUUCCAAGGGAAAAUUCUCGCUAUUUACAUACCAAGCACAUCCACUAUGACUCCAUGUCUCCUUUUUAACCAUCUCAACCAACCCUUAACAAUUAGCAACACUACUACACUCACACAUGCCUGACUCACCCAAAAAUCCUCACACAUGCAAAAUGCAAUGAUGCCCAGGUGUACGCUCCCACAGCAUCUUGUUUCUAUUGCAUCUUAACCUGUAUAUAACAAAGCAAGAAAAUUUGUUGCUUUGGUUUAGGAGAGAGCUGUUGACCAAACAUCAUGGACCUACACGCAACUUCCCACUCUCCUGCCUCCACAAAUACAGCUAUCCCCAAGAACUGCACCAGUACAAAAAUUUUUUUCUUUGAUUUCAGGAAUUUAAGGACCUUUUAGAUGAGGACAAAUUAUGUGGUGUCCCUGUUCUUGUAUUUGCAAACAAACAAGAUUUAUUGAAUGCCAAGUCUCCAGCAGAGGUGAGGUAA